UGGAAGAUAAAUGAAAAGGUAAAUAUACUCUCCUCUGUGAGGUCUUCCAUCUGUGUGUUGGUAACUUGUUUGUUGUGUUACAGUGUUGUUGUCUUGAUGCCUGUUGCCCUGCUGUACCUUAUUGCGUGACUGUCAUUUAUGUCAUGAAAUGUACUCAUGUAACAGAACUGUUGCCAUGGUUUGUGUGAUAGUGUGGGAUUUUAAUGAGAGGGAGAGUUUUGAAAUGUGUAGGUGUGGAGGAAGUAUACAUACCUCCAUAUGGUGUUUGGACAGUGUGUUGGAAAGUCUGUGUGUGGAACGUAUAUGUGUAGGAUAUGUUUUAUAUUGCAUGUGUAAAGAGUUUGUCUUUUGCAGUGUGUAUGUGUGUGAAAGUGUGCCGUGUCUCUGCAUGCAUGUGUUUAGAGAGUGUAGGGUGUCGGGGGCGGGGCUGUUAGUCACUGGGGACUGGAAGCUGGGAGAGCGGAUGAGUUCAGAUUAGGAGAGCAAAAUCAGGAGUAUACAAGAGCUCCAACAUUCAGGAAAGCAGAUCACGGCAUGAUACGUUUGUAAACGUUGAGGCUCAAACGGUGACCUAAAUGAGGGAGUGGCAGGAGGCGGAGCUGACCAUGCCAGGCAGUGGCUUCCUGUCCAUGACAGAUGGAUUUGGUAUUGUGGAACCUUUGCAGUAUUAUGAUGUCCUGUCAGACUCCCUGAGCUACCCUCUCCAGGAGCCCGAGCUGCACGGCUCGCCCUACACCCAGCAGCAGUAUGGCUCCAUCGGCCUGCCCUUCUGCACGCAGGGGGCAGCAGCACCACAGCCCUGCUAUUCGCCAUAUGCCUAUGCCUGUCUGGAACCACCCCUGGAGGCCUCAGUGGAGCAACUCGUAGGUGUGGUAGGAUCACAGCAGAUAAAGCGACCCAGGCCAGGCCCUGGAGGGCGGACCAGAGGCCCCGGAGAGCUCUGCAUGGUGUGUGGGGACAAGGCCUCAGGGUACCACUACAACGCACUGACCUGUGAGGGCUGCAAAGGGUUCUUCAGACGCAGCAUUACAAAGAAGGCUGUCUACCGCUGCAAAAGUGGCGGAGGCUGUGAGAUGGACAUGUACAUGCGGCGAAAGUGUCAAGACUGUCGCCUGAGAAAGUGCCGUGCUGUGGGCAUGCUGGCCGAGUGCCUGCUGACAGAGGUGCAGUGCCAAUCCAAGCGUCUUAGGAAGAGUGCCAAGCAAUCAAACAAGUCCGAAUGCAAGCAGGAGGAGGAAGAGGACAGUGUGGAGGGAAAGGCUGUUUCUUCUACUUGUAGGGUCGUAGGACAGGUAGGGAUUCUCCAGACACGGUGUCUGUCAUACCUGCAUAAAGGUGUCAGUGAACAGCCUCUCUGUCUGCAGCUGUCUGCAGGCCUCUCGAGAGAGGAGCAGGUCAUAGUGGAAGGGAUUGUGGAGGCUCACCGUCGGUACAGGGCACAGGACCCUGCUCAUACUUGGGUACUGAAGUUGCCCAGGAUAGAUAACCUGGAAGCCAAGCUGGAGGACCCCUCCUCCCCAAAUUGUCAAAGGCUGUUAGAGUUCUCCUGCAGUCUUCCAGGGUUUGAACUCCUGGACUACACUGAUCAGGUGGCCUUGCUCUGCAGCUCGUCUGUGGAAGUCAUGUUCCUGCUCUCUGCCCAACUCCUCGCCCUGGGAACCACUCCAGAUAACCUGCCCUUACCCCUGUUAGCAUUGUACCCCAUGGGGAAGGACACCUCACUCUUUCCCUGGCUAAAACCCCCCCACUCCAAGCAGAGUGCCUCCUCAGGUUCCAUUGAAGAGCUGCUGAGACCAGCAAUAAACUUCUUCCACAGCAUGGUGGCUCUAGGGGUGACAGAGGCAGAGUAUGCUCUUCUUACAGCUACUGCACUCUUGUGUUCAGACCAAACUUGCCUCCAAGCCCCCACACAAGUAGAGGUCCUGCAGGAGCAUGUCCUGGAGCUUCUGUCCCGGGUGUGUGAGCUGCCACUGGGCCCCCAUGGGUCUCUGGACCCUCAGCGGUUUGCACGGCUAUUGGGCCGACUCACAGAGCUGAGGACACUGCGCCACAAUCACCUCAUCUUGUUGAGGCACCAGCCUUGGGGAGCCUAUGUCCAGUGAGGCGAGGCUGGGGGGGGGGGGGGGGGAUUCAGAAGGGAAUAACUAUAGGAGAACUGGGUAAAGAUAAGGAGAUAAAGGGCCUUUAUGUUAGACAUGCCUACCCUUAUUUUUCUUUAAUUUCCUUAAUUAGACUGAAUUUUUCAGCAUCAUUUUAUACUUCAUGCACAAUUAUUACAUAAUAAAAACUCAACCAACUGUCAAUAAAGUCAACAAAAAAUUUUAAAACACAUUUCACACAGAUUAUUCGGUAUUGAGCAUCUUGUAUAUUUAUAUAUAAUUGUGAUUUGUCUUUGCUGUAUUAAGCAACAAUAAACUCCUUUUCCCAAAGAA